AAAAAAGUUUGGGAUGGAAAUGAUAUUUUUGUAGGAGCCAAUGAAGUGACAGGUGGUGAAUCUGAACACUAUCUGUGUUCUUCUGGCUAUGCAUGUGAAUUGAAUGAACCCCAAAACAAAAGCAAGAAAAUCUAAGAAGAGGGUGAAAGAUGGCAUGGGUGAGGGUUUCAGGGCCUCCUAGGGUUGAAGUAGCCAUUGACAUGGGCCAUCCAUUUCUCAAUCUCACAGUUGAUGCUUUCCUCAGGAUCGGAACCAUCGCAGCCACGCGCGUAGGUGCUGAAGAUACCUAUCAUAUUAUCCAAAAGAGGAAUAUCUCGAGUCAUGAUUUUGAGAAAACGUUGAAGAAGAUGUGUAAAGAAGGUGUAUAUUGGGGAACUGUAGCUGGCCUUUAUGUUGGAACCGGAUAUGGGGUAGAGAGGAUCCGUGGCACUAGGGACUGGAAGAAUGCCAUGAUUGGGGGCGCAGUAACUGGGGCCGUGGUAUCUGCAGUCAGUAACAACAAGAAAGACAAGAUUGCAAUAGAUGCCAUUACGGGGGCAGCAAUUGCUACUGCUGCAGAGUUCAUAAAUUACCUUGAAUGAAUGAAAAUUGAUGCGUUACUAGUUUUCUUGCAUGUUUUGGAAAGGGAUAGCACAUUUAGUCUCUCUUGUCAUGUGUACCAGUUACUUCUAAGAUAUGUUAUUUAUUUACUCAGCUUUCAGUUAAACCUAUGUUUUUAUCUUAUAUUGGUCAAUUACUUGUUCCGUAUGGUAAUAGCUCAUCGUUGCAAUUUAGUAAAGCUAACCUUGAGUAUUCAGGCUGAA